GCUCCUAUUUUCUGGAGUGUCCAACCAGUAUUGCUGAAUUUAGAUUUAACCUUAAAUAUAUUUAAACUAAGUGGCCUUCCGUUCAUGUGUGUAUGUCACAGAAUGUGAUACACUUUUAAAAUAUGUUUCUUUAAAAAUCUAGACCCAUCUCUUUCCUCUGAUGUUCAGGUAUACAGGGUGUUGAGGAUCAUUAAUUUGAAGUUGUGUGAUGCCUGUUUUGGAAACAUUGGCAGAAUUGUCCUGUGAACAUGGAACUUAACUGAAGUCCCAGCAUCAUCCGUUUCACUUGUGGAAAAGGGACAGAAGUCUCAAAUGCUGAUGCCUGGUCCUCUGAGGAGAGCACUGGGCCACAAGUUCUUCAUCUUUCUAAGUGUUUUCUGUCCCUUUGGUUCUUGUUUUUUUGGGUUUUUCUCUUUGUCUUGAACGAGCUAACUGGUAGUUUCAUCUGAUGCCUCUUGGUUCCUGUACUUGCACAGAGCACGACAGUGACGAUGACUCCUACGAAGUGCUGGAUUUGACGGAAUACGCUCGGCGUCACCACUGGUGGAACCGCUUGUUCGGCCGCAGCUCGGGGCCCAUUGUAGAGAAAUACUCUGUGGCCACCCAGAUUGUCAUGGGAGGUGUGACUGGCUGGUGUGCGGGAUUUUUGUUCCAGAAGGUCGGAAAGCUUGCAGCAACUGCAGUAGGUGGUGGCUUUCUCCUGCUUCAAAUUGCUAGUCAUAGUGGGUAUGUACAAGUUGACUGGAAGAGAGUUGAAAAAGAUGUAAACAAAGCAAAAAAACAGUUAAAAAAGCGUGCAAAUAAAGCAGCUCCUGAAAUCAACACUCUCAUUGAAGAGUCAACAGAGUUUAUCAAGCAGAACAUCGUGGUGUCCAGUGGCUUUGUUGGAGGCUUUUUGUUGGGGCUGGCGUCGUAAGGAGCCGGGCGUCUCUUCCCGAUGGGAUCCGUGUCAGCCAGGAUCACUUGUGACACGCUGUCUGCCAGCAGUGUGGCUCACUGGGCCUGCCAGAGCAACACAGGAGGACUAGCUAGACAACUUGGGAGCUUUUACAUUUCAGGCUUUUGCCUCUUGAGGCUUGGUAAAACUAGGAUUUGCUGAAAAACUGUGCAGUGUGCUCAUUUAUAGCGUUUCUGGGCAAAACUGGUUCAUCCUCAUCAUGUCUCUUUUUAUCUAUGGCCUUUCAAGAUCUAGCAUUUUUUAAAAUGUUAUUCUUGGAAUAUAGCUGUGUAACCAUACUAUAAGAAUGAAAGCUCCAUUUUUAUGUUUUCAGUUAAAUACUGUUUAUUUAAAAAGUAUUUUUCUUCAUGCUGUAGUAGGUAGUAUCAAUGACUACACACUGUAUAUGAUAUUGUGGUUUCAGCCUCUUGGCUGUCCAUCUUCUUUAGAAGUCACUGCAAUAAUCUGUAAUACCUUUUUACAGAGUAUUAAAUAACAAAGAAUCAUGAGCUUAUUAAAGGUGAAAAUUAACUUUG